CUUAAUAAAGUAGAAUAUGUAGCAUUGGCUAUAUUUAUAGUGGGUGUCCCAGGGCUUGCUGCUUGCGCUUACCGUAUCUUAAUAUUAAUGCUGUUGUGUGCAAUUUGGUAAAAAUAAUGCUACUUUUUAAGCAAUUUUAGUAAUUAAUGCUUUGUUUCAAUCUUUCAGAUGAAUCAAGAACCAUCCAGCACCAGUUCAAUUUUUAUACAAUUUGGCCUCUGAUUUGAAACUUGAUACUUUAGGAUCCUUGUGGGAACCCUGACACACAGAUCACAAUCACAGGAGUGUAGAGAUACUGUCAGUUUAGAACUUCAAGAACUGGUUGUAUAUGUCAUUGGUUCAGUGCCAUUAAAAUGGUGAUGUUACCGAAGCCUCUUGAUUAUACAGUAUUUAUGUAAUGCUGGAUAACAAUGAAAUUGACACCUGUGGAAUAUGGGCAACGUGGCAGCAUCUUAAGUGGGUGAGAAAGAGAUGAGGGGAUCAUGUGGCCUCAUUGCUCCAAAACACAUAUUUUGUGCUUCUUUCUGGCACUGUUGGCUAUUUUGGCAUUAGUCCACAACUUUUAUCAACUAGAGAAUCUCAAUACUACAGGUUUAAAGUGGUUGGUAGAAGAGAAUGAAUCACAACAGCCGUUGCAUACAACUAGAACACGCAGAAAGCUGUACUGUGGUUAUGAGCAUCAGGUUUUGUCCAAGAUUGAACAAGAGGAAGAAGAAUCUUUAUUUGCUGCUCUACAGUGGCCCAAACCUCCUGAGAACAAAGUCCCCUUUGUAAGGAGUACUGACCCUUUCCAUAGCAAUUUUAUGAUACUAAAUAAUCAUGGACAUUUCAAAGUUGGUGAUCAGCUGGAAGUGCUUGUCCAGAUGAGGGAUUAUGACGGAAACCCGAAGCAAUAUGGUGGCGAUUACCUUCAGUCAAGAAUUCAUUCUGCAGAUCUGAAAGCUGGAGCCAUUGGAAGAACUGUAGAUUAUCAGAAUGGAACAUAUAGAAUUUUUUUCACUUUACUUUGGCCAGGGGAGGUCACAGUAUCUGUGUCCUUGGUUCAUCCUAGUGAAGGAAUCCAACUCCUUCAACGUUUACAGGAAGAAAAACCAGACAGGGCAUAUUUUAAAAGCUUAUUCAAAUCAGGAAGGAUUUCAGAAGUUACAAUAUGCAAUGUGUGUUUGCCUGGGGACAUGCCAGUCUGUAAUUUUACAGAUAGCUAUACUGGAGAACCAUGGUUUUGUUACAAGCCAAGAAGACUCUCCUGUGCUACUAGGAUCAACCAUUUUAAAGGGGGAUAUAAAAAGGGCCUUUUAACUUCAGAAGAGAGUAACUUUUUCCAAAGUGGUGUGAAUAUAAAAGUGGCAAUACCUCCCUUCGGGCCUGAUACUGUGAUUGUAAGAACUUUGGAGCUUGCAGAAAUGGACAGUCUAAAAAGAUUUCACAACUCUGAUGUAUUUCCUUCUGGUUAUUAUUAUCAAGAUGAAUGGCAUCAAAGCACGCAGUUGAUUCGGCGUUUUAAUAAGUCAUCAGAUAUUACUGAAUGCUUAGAGGGAAAACUAAUUUACUUGUUUGGAGACUCUACAAUACGACAGUGGUUUGAAUAUCUGACAAAAUUUGUUCCAGAUCUUGUGGAAUUAAACCUUGGAAGUCCUAAGAACGUUGGUCCUCUCAUGGCUGUGGACCUAAAGCACAACAUCUUAUUAAAUUUUCAUUGCCAUGGCCCUCCCAUUCGUUUUUUCAUAGUUUCUAGCAGUGAGCUGCAUUAUAUUGCCAAUGAACUGAAUCGUAUUGUUGGUGGGAAGAACACUGUGAUAGCCAUAACUAUUUGGUCUCACCUUGGCACUUUUCCUAUAGAAGUGUACAUCAGGAGAUUGAGAAAUAUUCGCAAGGCAGUUGUUCGGCUAUUGGACCGGAGCCCAAAAACUUAUAUAGUUAUCAAAACUGCCAAUGUUCAAGAACUUGGCCCAGAAGUUAGCCUUUUCAACAGUGACUGGUAUUCCUAUCAGCUUGACAGAAUAAUGAGGAAGAUGUUCUCAGGAAUUGGGGUGUACUUUGUGGAUGCUUGGGAGAUGUCACUGGCUCACCAUUUGCCACAUAAAUUACAUCCAGAAAAUAUUAUUGUCAAAAAUCAGUUAGAUGCUUUCUUGUCUUUUAUAUGCCCACUGGAAACACACUACAAUUUCUUACCUGGUAUAUAUAAUCAAAUGUGGUCUCUAUUUGUAUAAUUCAGCACUCCGCACUAGUAAAGCAUUGCUGAUUUGUGGUCAUAAUUUGCAUCACAUCUAGCCAACUUGCACAAAAGCAUGCACAUUUAUAUUUCUUGGUGGCAGGGAGAUUUCUGUAUGUAUAUUAUGUUUCCACAUACCUAACCCUACCCGUUUAUAAUGCAUGUAUUGCAGUAUUUGGGUUCUACACCUCGCUUGUAUAAAGGGUUGCUUGGUUUUGUUUUACUAGAGCUAAGCACACUUCAGACAUUAUCGAGAAAAAGUGCUUUGGAACUUAGGUGAACACUGAAGCCUUUUUCAUGUUCAUUAAAACAGCCAUGUCUGCCAUGCCUGAAAAAAUACAGCAGUGAUAAUUAAUCACCCCCCAAAUAGAAGAGAAUAUUCUUCUCUGUUUCUUAUUGGCCUCAGCUUCUCGUCUGAUUUCUAAAGAGUUAGAGCUAGAAUAAGAAAAAAAAAAUAGGCACGUUUUUGGAAGAAUUUUGGUAAGAACAGAUGUAAUUAAGGCAGACAUUACAUAUUCUAACUGAAUAGUCUCUAUACAAGACAAUAGCUAAAGGAGGACUCAGAAUAAAUAAUUAUGAGAAGUGAUAGUGGCAUCAAAAGUUUAAUGAACACCACAUUCUUUUAGCCAAUAGUUUUACCUUUAAAAAAUAUCUUUAAUCCUUGACAUAAGCUAUUACAUGCUUUCUUGUAGGGUGAGAAUGAUUGACCAUUGUGUUUGUGUAAGAUUUCAUAAAUACGAACCUUAUCAGCCAAAAGGGAACAAUCGUAUUUGAUCCAUGCUAAGAUGUAAUGGCUCUUGAUCCUAUUUUCAUGCCAAAAAAUAAAAAAGUAUCUCCAAAGUCUAGGAAUUAAUUUCUUUUUUGUGCACAAAAAUAUCUAAAUAAAAAGAAAUGGCAAAUAAUUAAAUAUUCCUUAUCUUAAAUACUUUAAAAAUUCCAUAUAUCCAAUUCAUAAUAUUUUCAAGUGAAAGUAGUAAAAAGAUCCUCCUGAUUCAAACUAAAGCUUGCAUAUUGCAAUGUUACAAGUACUUCUCAACAACCAUUAAUUUAAUGGCUGUCUGAAGUUACAAUGGCACUGAAAAAGUUACUUAGACUAUGAUCAUUUUUCAGACUUAUGACCGUUGCAGCAUUCCAGCAUCAUAAAAAGCCAUUUAACAACUCACUUCCUUAAGAAUGAAAAUUUUGGAAUCAAUUGUGGUUGCAAAUUGAGGGUUACCUGUACAAGAUCUUAACUUCCAUGUCUGAAUCUGUCACAUCUCAUCCAAGGGCCUCUUGCUUUCCUGCCUUAGUUUUACCACCUACUGGUUCAUUUCUCUUGAACUGUCAAAUGGGAAUCAAUUUUAAUUCUAGUAUGACAAUCAAGCUGAAACCGGUUUCCUCAGUUUCUUCAAAAGACAGAUACUCCAGGGCAUAAUAUCUUUAUAAGAAGGAGUUCCCCUGACAUGGGAUUAUUUUUCAGUUUUUGACCCAGGAUAUAUUUCAUCAUUUUUAAUCAUGUGUAUUGAGACUGAGAUAAAUUACAUUUAUAUUGCCAGGAGAAGAUAUUUCUCAUGUCUUAUGAGGUUAUUCUUGUUGCUUGCGCUUCACCCUCUUUGAAAAAGGCAUUUUGUAUGGUAAUUCUUGAAACUCUGCUUUAUCUGCAGUGUUGGCAGAUUAUAAUAAUGCAAGGGCAUUUUUCCUACAUCAGGUAAGAAGCAGACUCUUCCCCAUCUCUCCCCCAGGUAACUGGACUAGGUUUGAAGGUAAUGUUCCUUCCUGUUUUGGUGGCCAUAUACUGUAUGUCUGCAUGAAAAAUACCCAUGUUAAAAAUAAUGGAAUAAUGGGACUUUGAAGUGAGACUGGAGGCUUUCUCAGCUGUUGCUGCUUUGCAAAAUGGAGAUCUACAUAUCAAACUUGAGAAUUGAAAGUUUCUAAGAUUCAUUGUCGCAUGAUAACAGUUUUAAAAAUGCACUUCUCAGUGGUGAAUGUCUGCAAUGUUUGAUAGAUAUAUGGAAACAUUUAAUAUUUUACCAGUAAUAACACAAACAAAUGAGUUUAUAACCAUUGUGAUUAUUGCUAUUAACAUGCAGAAGUCUACUUAAAUUUCCUGUAAACAAUGGAUUUUAUGAGCUAACAAUUUACUAUCUGAUGACUUUACAGCAAUCGUUAAUGCCACAUUUGUGUAAA